AUGGCAACAACUAAUUUAAAAACAAAUAUACCGAAGGUUAAACCUGAAAGAUCAGAUGAUGUUGAUGUAAUUUUAAUGGUGGACAAUUCUCGUUCAGUUCUUGUCAAAAUUGCCACUAUAUAUGCUGAAAAACUCAUGAAUGAUUUAUGUUUACUUGUAGGAGGAAAAGAAUAUCCCUGUCAUAGAUUAAUUUUGUGUGCUUCAAGCGAAGUAUUCCAGGUAAUGCUAAUGAAUCCACAGUGGACUGAAUCAUCUGAAAGUAGAGUUGUUUUAGUCGAAACCAAAGAAUGCUGUGAAAUUUUUGGAGAUUUUUUAAAAUAUUUUUACACAGGACAAAUAAGAAUUAAUUUACAAUCAGUGAUGCCUAUUUUAACUUUAGCAGAUAAAUAUAAUGUUAAGGAUUUAGUGAAACUUUGUAUAGAUUACAUGUAUUGUCACAUAGCUCAAGCAGCCAUGAAUAAUUGUUUGAUUUCAUGGCUUCAGUACACUUAUCAUUGUGGUCAUGAUAUUGUUGCCAAAGCUUGUAGAAAUUUUGUCAAAUGGAAUCUUGAUAUUGUGGCAAAGACACAAGAUUUUGGAAAUUUCGAACCGAAUAUUUUUGUCAAUUUAUUACAAGAAUCGGAUUUAGUAGUUCAUAACGAAAUGAGACUUUAUCAGUAUGUUGUAAAAUGGUUAAAUUAUCAAAAAGAUAGAUUUCCAGAAGAAAACGAUAUGGAACAAUUAGUUAUUGAAGUUAUGUCAAAUAUUCGUUUUCCUAUGAUGUCUCCGAGACAGCUAGCAGAAUUAUUAUUGAAUCCUUUAACGACAAAAUACAAAGAAUUUUUUGUAGAAAAAAUGGCCAUUGGAAUGUCAUUCCAUUCUGGUCAAAUAAAGAGAAUCAAAGAAGUUUUGGAAGAAGAAGAUGGUCAUUUAUCAUUUACUCCCCGACUGUAUACCGCUGAUACUCAUUCGACUCUUUUAACCGUAGAAAAUUAUUCACUUCUUCCUGCCUACUUCGCAAGCACUUUUGUAUUUAGCUCUUAUGCUUCUUUGGCGGAUUGUGCCGGAGAUAAAACGUGCGAAUGGGUUGUGGAUGUUUACCCGAAAGGUGUUCGGUUUAAAAAAUUUUAUCUUAUCGUUUGGCAAGGACCCUUAGAAGUACCCGGACUCGUAUUGAGAACGGUACGACUUUCAAUAACUUGCAAAGAUCCACCUCCGACACCUGCUGAUAUAAGAGUCAAGAUAGGAAUCGUAAUUUACGGUACUCAAAACGAUAUCGAACACGUCAUGCACGUUUACGAAAAAAAUCAUAGGUUUUCAGAAGUUGAAAAAGUUCUCAAUUUGGACGAUUUCCUUUCGUACGAACAAUUAAAUUCUAUUAUGAAAAGUGGAUCCACGAGUGAUUUUUUAGUCGGUCCAAAAAGGGAUUCAUUGAAAAUUCAUAUUGUUAUAGAACCUUUAAACGAUAUCCCCACUAUAUCAAUGAUAAACAAAACAAAAUACAGUUAG